AGAGAACACCGUUUUAGAACCAAGUCCAAAUGGUGAAACCCUUGCUUCAAGUGAGCCUUUGUCAGACUAUCCCAUGGAGAGGAUGUCCAGCAUCGUUAUCAGCCUCGACAACACGAUUUAUCAAGCAGCGUUGGGUCAUCAACCAUAAACGACUUUAACAGUGAAGAGGAGAACCUUCCAAGCGAUAUUACCAUUCCGUCUAGGACUCUCGAACAGAGCGAUUCUUCUUCGCUCUGGACAGGUCAAAUGCCAGAAAUUCCCCUAGAGGCUAUUCGAGAUGCCAAGGUGCCAAUAGCUUCUUCCCUAAAAAAGAGCGACAAUUCCUCUUGGAUAUCAUUCUUGGACGAUGUGGUUGAGGAUGCCGAGAAGGAUAUCUUAUAUGCGCCGAUCGAAGAAGAAGAGCCAGAUAUUCGGGAUGAUCGUCCGCAGAAGAGUCAUCGGUACGCCUCAAGAUGGGAUGGUUUCCAUGCGAAUCAAAGUGAGGAUAAUACUCCUCGCCCGGUUCUCGACAAGGCCUGGCGUGGCCUUAAUCGACCUGUUCCCCUCCCGAAGAAGGCGUGGUCCGCCGAAGAACAACGUUAUAUUCGUCAUCCGAAGCGACAAGGAGAGUUAGAAGAAAAGAAGCCUCAGCCACCACCACCACCACCACCAACACCAACACCCUCCCAGGAUGGGAUGUCUGCGUUGGAACGUGCGAAGGCCAUUGUAGAUUCAAGGAAGCGGACUAUGAUUGUACCGCCUCCCCGACCUCGUAGGAAGUGAAUAGUGUUUUUUUGUUUUGAUGAGUACGGGUCCUCAUUCCGAAAGUUAUUUGUUGCGCAAAACUCUUUUACGAAAUCCCUAAUACGACAGC